GUGAACAUGGUUAUGUCACUUUUAGGAAUGUUCUGUCCAACUUUAUUUGAUGUAAUUAGUUCUCUGGAAAACUACCACCCUCGAAUAGCUCUAAGAUGGCAGCUGGGACGAAUCUUUGCUCUUUUUCUUGGCAAUCUCUACACUUUCAUUAUCGCCCUAAUGGAUGAAAUCAAUCUCAAGCUGGAAGAAGAAAAGAUAGUCAAGUAUAACAUGACAAUAUGGGAAGCCAGUCUGUACAAUGGUAGUAUUCCAGAAAAUUCAACUGCUCCUCCAAUACAGGUGGACCCUGCAGAUGUCCCCAGGGGGCCAUGCUGGGAAACAAUGGUAGGACAGGAAUUUGUGCGGCUGACAGUCUCUGACACGAUGACAACAUACAUCACAAUUCUAAUUGGUGAUUUCUUGAGAGCUGUCUUUGUUAGGUUUUUCAAUUACUGCUGGUGCUGGGACUUGGAGUACGGAUUUCCAUCAUAUUCUGAGUUCGAUAUAAGUGGAAAUGUGCUGGGACUGAUCUUUAACCAAGGCAUGAUCUGGAUGGGAUCUUUUUAUGCUCCAUGUCUGCCAGCAAUCAAUGUGUUCCGUCUCCACACGUCCAUGUACCUGCAGUGCUGGGCAGUGAUGUGCUGCAAUGUUCCCCAAGAGAGGGUCUUCAAGGCUUCCAGAUCCAAUAACUUCUACAUGGCCAUGCUGCUUUUCAUUCUCUUUCUCUCCACACUGCCUGCUGUGUACACCAUUGUCUCCAUCCCACCAUCUUUUGACUGCGGUCCUUUCAGUGGGAAGACUAGAAUGUUUGAAGUCAUAUCAGAAACUCUGGAGCAUGACUUCCCUUCCUGGUUUGGGAAGGUAUUUGGUUAUGCUUCUAACCCUGGACUCGUCCUACCUUUUAUAUUGCUGAUGGUUCUGAGUAUUUAUUAUCUCAACGCUACCUCCAAAUCCUACAAAGAAGCUAACUUGGAACUUAAAAAGAAGCUACAAAGUCAAGCAGAAGAAAAUAAAAGAAGAAAUAAACAAAAAGCACAAAAAUCAAAUGAACAAGAGGAAAAUCCAUUUGAGACAGAACCACCACAGCAAAAGCAAAAAGGAGGCAAGCAAGAUGAAUCCACUCCAAACCAAGACAACAAGAAAGGACAGGAUGGCAAUGAAGAGAAGACGACAGGCAAACCACAAGAUGCCAACUCCUCUCAGGCACUCCAGCAUCCAGGUCCUGCUCCGAAUGACCACCAUCCCUUGCAGAGCAGAGGAGGAAACCUUCAUCCCCCACCCAUAGCUGUGACAAGGCCACCGGGGCCCAGGGGGUCAGAUGUUCUUGCCCAAAGAUUUCAGAUUGCACAGGGGAAAACCGGGAUCUUUUCAAAAGCUGGAUGA